GCGACGCCUUCUGUGCUGCAAGUCCGCCCCUCUUUUGGUUGUUGAGGAACAACUUAGUACACACUGGUUUUGCGGGCCGUAGUCGACGUACUCUACCGCGAAGCAAUUGUCACUUUCACUCGGGCUCAGUUUGUUGCUUUGUAUCUCAUAUUCUGUAUUAAUGUUUGUUCUUUAGAAAGCUCACCUGUAAAACAGUUCUUGUGUGCCACUGUACGUUAUGAGUCGAGUCCAAUACGUUCUCUGUACAUAGGCACACACACACACGUAUCUCGUUCAGUAGUACCUGUCUUUAUGUGUGUGUGUGUAUCAUAUUUCUGCUCCAAGCAGCUGGGCUGUUGAUGGAGAUCCGUCUGCCAAUUUUCGCUCGUCGUAAGAGAAACUUUCUCUCUAAUAAGUGUUACCCUCUCCGCACCUGUGUAUUUCGUGCUAUGCAUUAAUCCAAUGAAGACUCUGCUGUGGUGUUUAAUUAUCACUUUUAACUUUAAAUAAGGAAUGCAUUUUAGCUAACUGACAUUUCUAGCUUGUCAUCACGUUCAAGUGCAAUAACAACUCUGCAAAAGUUUAUUAAUCCGUUACUGCCCAGGUGUCAAACCUUUUCUCUCGAAAUGAGUCCAGUUCUCAAGCGACCUGUUGUGUUGUUCAUGGGGGUGUGUUUUGCCUGUGUGAUAUUGAUAUACUACCAGUCCAGUCAUUCCCAAGGAAAACCUCACUAUAGUGGGGUAUGCAAUACAGAAAAUGUGAAUUCAGCAGUUAUGGAUCAAGAUGACCCCUGCAUAUUAAGUUUACUGCGUGGCCAAUACUUACACCCUCCAUCUAAAAAUAAGCUUAGUCUUGAAGCACCAGAGGUUCCAAAUCCUUCCAUGGGGCAAGCUCAAAGUAUACUUGAAAUCUUGAAAAAUAAGGAGAAUGGCUUUUUUGUGGAAUGUGGUGCCUUGGAUGGCGAACUUCGUUCAAACACUUUGUUUAUGGAACGAAAUUUAGGUUGGGAAGGCGUUUUGAUUGAAGCCGACCCCAAAAACUUCUUGAAAGUUCAAGAGAAAAAUCGUCGAGCAUGGACUGUUCCUGCUUGCCUUAGUACCUCCUCCAGUCCUAAAACUGUAGUAUUCAAACAGGCUUUCAAUCAAGGAAGAAUCUCUCAAAACCAACUCGACGAUCAGAAUCGAGUGGGAAGCGUCCAAGUCCAAUGCUUCCCAAUAUAUUCUAUCCUUGCAGCCCUCAACCGAACUGAAGUAGACUACUUCAGUUUAGAUAUUGAAGGCGACGAAUUAGCUGUUCUGAAAACCAUACCGUGGAAUAAUGUCAGAAUUCAGACCCUGUCAGUCGAGUUUAUCCAUGACAAAGAGGGUAAAGACCAGAUUAGGGAAUAUAUGACGUUGCAGGGCUAUGAAGUGGUCAAAGAAGUCACCGACCCAAAUUGGCUCGCAAACGAUUUCAUUUUUAACAAAAUUUAGCCUUGAAUCUAGCGUUAUUGGCUGUUUCACGAGCGAUCGGAUAUGCAUCCCCCAAGCUGCUAGAGUGUUACCACAUUUUUACUGAGCAAGCAACAAAUUAGCUCUGGCAUUUUUCCAAAGAAAAGCCGAAAGCUUCCUGGAUGGAACAAAAACUCUGUUGUUUCCUCACUCCUGCCCAAUUAGAAGACUAAUGUUUUUUCCAAACAGUUUUAUUAUCAUUCUUCAAAGUUGGCCAAUAUAGUUCAUAUACAAAAA